UUCACUCGCUGGAUCGUCGAGAGCGUCGUGUUUUCAUCGUCAGCUGUCGGUACGCUCGUUCCAUUAGCAAAACACAAAACACCAGCAUAAUGGGCGUAAUUGCAAUGCCAGCGACAAUAAAAUCAGCGUGCGCCUGCAAACACUCGCUAGAUGCAAAUUGAGUGAGAUUUGGAAUUCUAAAAGAUGAAUAUCAUGAGGAAACUGAGAGGCGGAAUGGCCAGCGCGGCGUCCGCCUCCACUGAAUCCACCGACGGCCCUCCAGACUCUCCCCACACCCAAUUAGGGCUGCAACAUUUGAAGAAACUCUUUUCAGAAUACACACACCCAUCGCAUCCGCUCAGCGAUGCCGAAAAAGACGAUAAACUCUACAACAUGUUACCCUUAUUCUGCAAGGUUUUUGGAUCUAGUCGAAGUUGUGAUAUGAAUGAGAAAUUCUGGGACAUUCUCGCGUUUUGCCAUCAAGUUUCGCUGCUCAUGGUGAACGAAAUCCGUAAACGUGCGUCGAAUCAAAGCACCGAGACCGCAAGUUGCGCGAUUACGAAAUUCCUCGAGAUUGAGAACUGUGAAGAAAGCAGUAAUGGCUGGAUGUUGUUAAGUACAUUAAAUUUAUUAGCAGCUGGGGAUUCUACAUUAGUACAAGUCAUGUCCGAAGUGUCUGUACCUAGCACGCUGGUCAAGUGUUUGUAUCUAUUUUUUGACUUGCCAGAGGUCAACGAAGAGGACGCCAAUAAAAAAGACACAAACAGUGAUUUUACGCCGCGAGAACGACGCAUUCUUCUGCAGAAAAUAUUCGUACAGUUGUUAAUAAGAUUAUGCAGUCAUCGGAAACCAGCUGAGGAAUUAGCGAGAAAAGACGAUCUGACGUUGCUUUUCUUAGCGAUAACGUCGCAAUGCCCACAGCAUAACAUCAUGUGGCGUAAAAGUGCCGCCGAGGUGUUGAUGACACUCUCCAGGCACGGCUUAUCACCACCAGUCGUCAGCUACAUUCAUUCGAAACGAUGCGUCGGUGUGUGUAUGGACAAUAUGCAACGAAUGCCCGAUGUGGCACCGUUGGAAUUGGUCGAGAUGUUCGCGACAGUCUUUUGUUUUCUCAAGGAUUCAAGCGAUGUGAGUGCCACGCUGCUUGAUGACUUCCGGCAAGCGCAGAGUUAUCUCUUUCUCAGCGAUUUCCUGCUUAAGCUUGAAAAUGAAAAGUCACCGGAUGCACAAGAAUCGAUUCGUAAUCUUGUGCUUAUGGUGACAUCGCUCUGUAUGUGUGGAUUUAUGGAACUGAAACCUUCACAAGCCUCAACGAGUAGUCUGUUUCAAAUGCAAGGAUUCUCACUUCCACAACCCUCGGGACGUGGGAUAAGCGUGCGGAAUAUUCAAGCAUUCCACGUUUUACAAAAUACUUUCCUCAAAUCAACGUCGCCGAUACUCUGCGGAACGAUUCUGGACGCCAUAAGCAGUGUGUAUCACUCAGACAACGCGAAUUAUUUCAUCCUCGAGAAUCAAAACACGCUCAGUCAAUUUAUAGAAAAAGUACAUCACAAACCACCCGAGAUUCAAUUGAAGUUAUUCGAAUUGAUUGAGUUUCUAGUGUUUGAAUUGAAUUUUGUACCGUGCAAGGAACUAAUAUCAAUGUCGAUCUUUCUGAAGACACAUAGUACGAAUUAUGCGGAUUGUAGCAUCAAAUGUGUGCAGACAUUGAUCAAUGUGUUGAAGCACAAUGUGAUAUUCAAGGAUGUUUAUCGAGAAGUCGGUAUGUUGGAGGUGUUUGUCACUUGUUUGAAUCAAUACGCCAAUCUUUUGGAAGCCAGACGCAUCGCACAGGAGAAAAACAAAGACUUUCACAUUCCGAAUGGUCAAGAAAAACUAGGUAGCAUGGUUAUUGAGACUUUAACGAUGCUUCUAGCCGGAAAUCAAGCGAAUGCGAAUGUUUUGCGUGAAUGUGGAGGUGCGAAAUGUGUCCAUGGACUUGUAAAUUACAUUGAAUGUCGACAAAGUGCUUUGGGAAUAAUAAAAGAAUUAGUAUUGACGAAUGGAGGUGACGAUGACAUGUCGCAACUGUUAUCUACACUUCAUUCCGCUCCAAGGGAUCAGUUACAGGUGAAAAUCGAUAUCCUAAGAGCACUGCUUCUCUGUCUGCGUGAAUCACACCGGACACGGACCGUUUUCCGCAAGGUGAAUGGUUUCAUCUACGUCACGAGUGUCCUCGUCGCUUUGGAGAACAAACUACAUGAAAACAAUCUGCCGAUUGAGAUACCAACACUUUUGAGUGUUGUGUUUUACACUAUCAGCACGGCGAUGAGGUUCGAACCGGCGAAUGCAAAGUUUUUCCAUCAUGAAAUCUGCAAUACGACGCUUUGUGAUACACUCAGACUACUCGGUUGUUUUACGAUUGAAAAAGUUGAACAACUCGAUGAAAUUCAUGAGGGAACUUCAUGCUCAGGUCCGCCUGAGUUGAAACUACAGGAUGUUUUUCACAACAUCUUCAUUGGAAAUGUUUUAAACCCACAGAUUCCUGAUGAUACUCCUGCGAAUUUGGGACAUGUUGCUGUUGUUUAUCGAUUGUUGUACGAUGUAGCUUUGGAUCUCUUCGAUAAACCUCACAUAAACGCUGGUCAAUUGACAAAAUCACCUUCGUUAUCACGUCAGCCAUCAACCGAACCGAAUAUCAACAACUGCGGCAAACGAUCAGCAGUAAACUCACUCAAUCUGAACCCACCUACACCGGACCCGAUAAUUGUACAUCCCGGAGUUGUAGUCGCCAUGUUACAACUUCUACCUUGCAUAAAAAGUGUGGAUGUACAACAUACUCUAGCACUACAGUUUUAUGUCGCUGAGAUUAUCAAAUCUUUGGUGCGUAGUGAACGAAAUCAACAGAUAAUGUGCGAUAGUGGUUUUGUUUCGACCCUGUUGACAAUUGGGUCAGCUCCACUUCAGAAUGAAGACCACCCCCUGCAUAGCCCAUUGCAAUACAUGUUGGAACGUUUGGCUGCGCAGGCAUUGGAACCGAUUGAUUUAAGAAAGUUUUUGAGACUUGGUAGUCCUUUGAAUUGCAUUCCAUUGGAAUCAAGUGAUGCUGGAGGUGGUCCAGUGCCACUAACAAGAAUCAAAACGAUUGUAUCCAUGACAACCCCGAAGGAUUUCCGAGCGCAGAGUAUCUGUACACUUCCGCCAUUCGUGGAGUUUGAUAUGAGCGCCGAGGGUUUCGGAUGUUUGUAUUUACCCAGUAUUGCACCUCAAUCAUUGAAUACACCGAGUGUUGUUAGUAUUGAUAACACAGUCCUGGGAGGAAUCGGGGCUGGGGAUAGAAUAUUCCCACCACAGACUGGUUUAUCCUUUUCAAGCUGGAUCUGUGUGGAUAAAUUUUCAGAUCCCCGGACGGAUCCUCAUUGUGUUAGAUUGUUAACCUUAGUGAGGAAUUUAAAUAGUACCAGGGAUGAUCACCUGGUGUGUUUGUCAAUUGUUUUAUCAGCUAGGGAUAAAGCUAUUAUUGUCUCCACUCAGGAAACCCACAUUCCAAACCAAAUAGGUGAAUGGGAACCAGAAGGUACCGGAGAAUAUGGCGCCCGCGUCUGGUGCCCAGAUAUCCUCCAAGAAGGACAAUGGCACCACCUGGUUGUAGUUCUAAACCGCGCAGUAUUAAAAAACUCUUCAUUCAGUCUAUACCUGGAUGGCCAACACAUGCACACACAAAAACUACACUAUAUCUCACAGAACCCAGGUGGGGGUAGUGCUAAUUUAACAGUAGCGUCUUCAAUUUACGGAUUCAUUGGUACACCACCCGCAUGGCGGCGAUAUUCAAAACUCUGCUGGAAACAGGGACCAUGUCAUCUGUUAGAAGAAGUAUUAACCCCUACGAUUGUCCAUCACAUAUAUCAACUAGGACCACAUUAUAUGGGCUCUUUCCAAGCACCGAAUAUUAACACCCCUACACUUGAACCAAUGCAACUUGUCAAUGAAGAGAAGGUUAUCUUCGGAUUGAAUGCGAAAGCAGUUAAUCAACUCACACUGAGCAAGAUCCGCAAGGUUUACAGUCGUACAGACAAUAAAUCCAUAGCGAAACAACUUGGGAUGUCAAGUCAUGAGAAUGCUACCCCGAUAAGAAUAUUACACAACAGUGCUGGGCAUCUAGCAGGACCUUCUAGGUCUCUUGGAGGAGUGGUUAUAGGAUAUUUAGGGGUUCGAGUGUUUUGUCCCAGGCCGGUAGCAAGUGUAGUGAAUACCGUGGGAGGUUGUGCAGUUCUCCUGGGACUGAUAGCUAUGGCCCAAGAUGUGGAGACUUUAUACGCUGCUGUCAAAGCUCUGGUUUGUGUUGUACGGAGUAACAGCAGCCAAGGAGAAAUGGACCGUAAACGUGGUUAUCAAACCCUAGCGAUGUUAUUAAGACGUAAAAGACCCUUAUUAAACUCACAUAUUCUUCACCUAGCAUUUAGUCUAGUGGGGACUGUUGAUAGUGGUCGGGAAACAUCCGCCAUACCGAAUUUAACAGCGUUCCAAGACCUUCUCUGUGACUUAGAAGUAUGGAGUGAAGCUCCUGGUGAGUUGUUAAGAUCUCAUUUGGAGCACCUACUAGAAUUAGCUACGGAAUCAAGUGAAAAACGUAAUAAUACUUGGAUAAUGCGUGAUUUACAACUGGUGACCAAAUUGUUACACAUAAUGCCGGAUGUUAAACAUGCCGCAACACGUCAGGUGUUGUUUUCGUUGCUUUCUGUCCUCCUAACAGGACAACCCAGACAAAUGGAUUUGUUAUUCAUGGGACAAUUCAUUGCUUCAACUCUACCAUCAAGUAAUACCUCAGAGAAACACCUGCAGUUGAUUGAGGGUGACACAGAAAGAGAAGGACAAGGUGAACAUAUCCUACUCAGAAAUCGUUGUUUGUCCCUGGUUCAUGCAUUGUUGUUCACCAACCGCAAUGCAGUGACUUUAAUGUUAUGUGAUGAACUCAGUAAAUGUCUGGGUUUUGAUUGGGUGUUACUAUUCCUCCAAAGUCACCUUCAUAGUACUACUGUUAUCUUGGGAAUGAGAAUAUUGGUAGUGAUGUGUUCUACACCUACGUUUUUGAAUAGAUUCAGAGAUGGUACCUUUAACGGAGGAUGGUUGAGAUUCACCGAUCAAGUCACACAGAAUAAAAUGUCGCUUAUGUUGGGAGGACCUAUUAAUUCACACAACACAGAUUCUAAGUCUGAUACUCUACAGAUACCAGGUUUUCAGCAUUUAGGAUGGCUUUUACCACAACAUCUAGAAGUUCCGGAGAUUUACUUCCUGCUAACUGGUUUGAUGAUGGGUCAACCCGCGAGAUUAUUACCGGGUGAUACAAAAUUCGAUCUGGAUUCAGUUUGGGCAUUUUUAUGGGGUACCUCUGUGAAUAAUCAACCUGUGAGCAGUGUUGCACCUAAAGUCAACGUUUGUAUGGAUGCUGUUGUUGUUUUACUUGGUAUGGCACGUGCAAUAGUCCACAUGGAGAAUAGCGCCCUACCAGAUUGGUUGAAAAACCACUCUAUCAACAUAAUUCAAGUGUUGUUCCAACUAUAUCACAAUUUACCGGAAUUCAUGCCGAUUUUUAUGUCUGCUGAAGUCCUGGGAGCUUUGGCAAGUGUACUAUUCCCAUCUCAAGCUAGCUCACAAGAAAGUACCUACAGUAGUGGGGCAUCCACACCAGGCGAAGAAAACGAAACAGUAUUUGUACCACAAUCACCAACUGAAGAGUUUAACCUAACUAAUCACCCAGCAAGACAAUUUAUAGUUGAUUUUAUCCGGGUGAUUGUUGUGGAUUCACUCAGUUUGAAUGUAACAGGAAAAACAUCACCUGUGAUUGAUUUAGUGUUAGAUGCCUACCCGGAAAAUGCUACAGUUGCACAGCAGAGUGCUUAUCAAACUGAAAUAUUGGUUACACUCAUGGAUCAUUUACUAGCUGCGGAUAUGCUAGUUGGUGAUCAAGCUGCAAUACCAAUAGUACCAUUAGCGAAUGCCCACGUGCAACAUGUGGCUCCUAAUGUUUUCUAUCUAACAGCACGGAUAGUAGACAAGUUGUGGCAGACAUCUUUGAAUAAAGACCCGCAUGAAGUCUAUGAUUUCAUCAUUAAACUCAUUGGUCAAGCAAAGAGGCACUCUGGAAAUAUUAUGUUUGAAUGUCUUUAUCAUUGUCUGAAUAGAAGUCUUGUUUUUUUGUUAUCAAGACCAUCGGAUAACAUUGCGGAUCAAAUGUCUGUGUUGGAAGCGUUGCAUAAAUUGACCACACAUAGAUUGAUUGUCUUUGGAGCUGGCAAUCAUGAACUUGAUUUUGUGGGUUGUUUAACCUACUGUUUACUGCAGUUAACAUCGGAUAUGAAGAUCAUGUUGGAUUCCAACAUGAAAACCACGUGGCAUGUUAAUCCCGGAACGGAUUUGGAAACUCAAGAUGAUAAUUUGAAUGCUCAUCAAGGCAGGAAUUUAAUGGCGGGUGCUGCGUUGAGAGUUUGGGAGGAGUUGUAUGUUUGUAAGAAACCUGCGAUUGAAGAAGUGUUUAAGAUAACACUGGUAUCACCUGCACAGGGUUGUAAAGCACCUGAUUUGACCACAGCAAGGGAGCAGGUCCUGGAAGCAGCUACGAAAUUAUGGUUGAAUUAUGUUGACGCUGAGAGGAAGGCAACAUAUAGAGUUCCUUGGGAGUUGCAUAACCAGAUUCAGAGCAAGAUUCAUAAAGUCACAGGAGGUCUCACCAGAUUAGCUAGUAGAACCAAAGUAAGAAAAGAUGAAGUUUCCAGAGUUAGAGUGCGUGUGACCAAAGAGCAAGCGAUGACCUGGGGGUUGAGCCAUGUGAAUCUGGUCAAAGAAUUGGUCGAAAUCCGAAGAGGUCAACACAUUAACACUACCCAACAUACUCAACGUUAUGUACACCAAGAAUGGUUACAAACUGAAACAGAGCUGACCAGGGAACGGGGUCUAUGGGGGUCACCUUUACCUUGUACCUAUGAUAAAUGGAUGUUGGACAUGACCGAAGGACCACAUCGUAUGCGCAAGAAAAUGAUGAAGAAUGAAUUGUUUUAUUUACACUACCCAUUCAGACCUGAGCAUGAAAAAGGACCACCUAAAUAUAAAGUCGCGACAAGUCAUCAUAGCAAACUUCAUUAUCAUGCUCUACAACAACGGAAUGUGAGUUGUGGGUUAGCUGAACCAGAACGGUCUGAUAGUAUCACUGAAGAAUCCUCACCUUUACCCCUACAAGCCCUACCACAUCUAGCACGUCUGAAGUCAGAUCCCGAUGAUCAACAGGAUGAACCAGAGAAUGAAGAAGAGCAACCUGUACCAGACAAUCAAACCCUGUUGAGAUUGUUGCAGGAGAAUGAAAAGGUGACCUAUAUGUUCAGGUGUGCACGGAUCCAAGGGUUAGACACCACUGAAGGUUUAUUAUUAUUCGGGCAGGAGCAUUGUUAUGUCGUAGAUGGUUUCACAUUGUUGAAGAGUCGUGAAAUACGUGACAUUGAAAGUGUCCCCCAGAAUGGGUACGAACCAAUUUUACCAAACCCUGGAUCUCCUAGAAGGUCCAGAGCUAUGAGACAUUGCUCCAAAUUUGCUUAUGAUGAUAUCCGGGAGGUUCACAAACGUCGUUAUCUUCUACAACCCAUGGCCCUGGAAGUAUUCUCAGGAGAUGGUCGUAAUUACCUUCUUGCAUUCCCCAGAAAAGUCCGGAAUAAAGUCUAUCAAAGAUUUAUGGCCACAGCUACGGGGAUUUCUGAUAGUGCGCAACAAUCAGUUGCGGGUCAGAAACGUACAGCUAAUGUUGAGCAAACAACAGGGAUAUUAUCAAACUUAAUUGGAGAAACUAGUGUUACCCAAAGAUGGGUCCGAGGAGAGAUCUCUAAUUUUCAGUAUCUUAUGCAUCUCAACACUCUCGCAGGAAGGUCCUAUAAUGACCUAAUGCAAUAUCCUGUGUUUCCAUGGAUCUUGGCAGACUACGACGCUGAAGAAUUAGAUCUAUCUGAUCCCUCCACAUUCAGAGACUUUACCAAACCCAUGGGGGCACAGAGCCAUGACAGAUUAGAUCAAUUCCGAAAGAGGUUCAAAGAAUGGGAUGACCCACAUGGGGAAACACCUCCUUAUCACUACGGCACGCAUUAUUCAAGCGCCAUGAUUGUCUGUUCGUAUCUUGUACGAAUGGAACCAUUCACCCAACAUUUUCUACGUCUACAAGGCGGCCAUUUUGAUUUGGCUGAUCGAAUGUUCCACAGUGUGAAAGAAGCUUGGAAUUCCGCAAGUCGUCACAAUAUGGCGGACGUAAAAGAACUCAUCCCGGAAUUCUUCUAUUUGCCUGAAUUUUUAGUCAAUUCCAACCACUUUGACCUCGGGUCCAAACAAAGUGGUGUCUUUUUGGGAGAUACUGUUUUACCACCAUGGGCAAAACAAGAUCCCAGAGAGUUUAUUCGGGUACACAGAAUGGCGCUGGAGUGUGACUUUGUUUCACAGAAUCUACAUCAUUGGAUUGAUUUGAUUUUUGGGUACAAACAGAAUGGACAGCCUGCUGUGGACAGUGUCAAUGUCUUUCAUCAUUUGUUUUAUGAAGGAAACGUUGAUAUUUACAAUAUUGAUGAUCCGUUGAAGAAGAACGCAACAAUUGGUUUUAUCAAUAAUUUCGGCCAGAUACCGAAACAAUUGUUUAAAAAACCACAUCCGUGUAAAAAGAUGGGUGGGAAUAACAACCGGACAUCUGUUAUUGAUACAGGUGCUCUGGUUCAGGCAUUUGCUUUACCCCAACCGGAAAGAUUAUUCUUUCAUCAUUUAGACAACCUACGGCCAUCUUUACAACCUAUAAAAGAAGUAAAAAGUCCUGUGGGACAAAUCCUCCACGUGGAUAAAUGUGUCCUGGCAGUGGAACAAAACAAAAUCCUCAUGCCCCCGAAUUACAACAAAUACGUCGCCUGGGGAUUCGCUGAUCAUUCCCUCCGCAUAGGCAACUAUGACAGCGACAAAGCAGUUUUUGUAAGCGAGACAGUCGUGCAAAAUUCCGGGGAAAUUGUUGCCUGUGUUUGUCCAUCAUCAAAACUGAUAGUCACAGCAGGGACCAGUUCGGUAAUCACCAUCUGGGAGUAUGAUGUGCGUAAAAAACAACUCAAGAUAAGAUUCAGUCUGUAUGCCCAUACGGAUGCCGUGACCUGUCUAGCUGCUAGCCCAGCAUACAAUGUAAUAGUUUCCGGUUCCCGGGAUGGUACCGCCAUUGUAUGGGACUUGAGUCGUGGGAUGUUUGUAAGACAACUGCGAGGUCAUGCAGGACCUGUGGCUGCUGUAGCAGUAAAUGACCUUACAGGUGAUAUUGCAACCUGCGCAGCUACUUGGUUACAUGUCUGGAGUAUCAACGGUGAUGAAUUAGCAAGUGUGAACACCUGUGUGGGUCGAGCUGAUCGAAUGCAACAGAUUCUAUGUGUUGCAUUUUCCCAGACACAUGAAUGGGACGCGUCGAAUGUAAUCAUGACAGGGUCAACGGAUGGUGUGACCCGGAUGUGGUCAAUUGACUAUGUGCAAGUCCCCAUGGACGAAAAGGACCUAGCUUUGCAUCUAAAACGUGAAGAAAGUCUAACACCCACUAAAAAACCACUUGCUUUGCAUAGCAGACUUGUAAAACAGAUUAACAUAUCCAAUGAUUCAGGGUCAGGGACAGGGUCGUCUAUAUCACUGAUGAAAAGCGGGUCAGAGAGUAGUUUAUCCGAGGAUAGUGCUGCUAAGAUACUAAAAGAGGGUAAGGGUAGUCCCAAAGAAUGGAGGUCUGAACAAGAAGACGAGAAGGAAACUUGUAGUGAUUCUGAAGAAGUGAAGGUACCCACUGCUCCUGUAAGAAGGAGGAGGUCAAGGGUUCAUGGAGGGUUUAGAAAAAGUGAAGGUGGGGCCAGUGCAGACAAUAAUAGCCUGGAGGUUGAUGAUUCCAUCAAUAUGAGAACCAGUAAAUCGGAUACAAGUCUCACAGACUCUUUUGUGAUGGUACCCGAUGCAAAGAAGAAGAUAAAUCCUUUAAAUUCACUAAGACCAGGAUUUAAAUGGCAGAGACAAUUGGUCUUCAGGAGUAAAUUAACAAUGCACACAGCUUAUGACAGGAAGGAUAAUGCUGAGCCAGCGUCCAUUACAGCCCUAGCUGUCUCAAAGGAGCAUCGUACAGUUUACGUUGGCGACGCCCGCGGACGAGUGUUUUCAUGGAGCGUGUGUGAUAUCCCCGGCCGAGCAGCCGAUCAUUGGCUAAAGGACGAAGGAGCCGAUUACUGCGCCAAUUGCAACGUCAAAUUCACAAUCUACGAGCGUAAACAUCACUGUCGCAAUUGUGGGCAGGUGUUUUGCAGUAAAUGCUCGCGUUUCGAGAGUGAAAUCUCUCGUCUGCGCAUACUCAAGCCAGUUAGGGUGUGUCAGAGUUGUUAUGCGCAGCUGCGACAUAACGAGAAGUAAACCGGUACAAAAUGGCGGCUAAUGAGUGGACAUUUUAGAUUUGAGUGUGUAAUACGUGUCUAUAUCGGUGCCAUUUAAAUAGCAAAAAACGCAUUUAACCAAAACACCUCCACCCAGAUUCACUGUACAGUAGAAAUUGUGUAAAUACCUAACCUAUAUACCUGAGAUGAACAAGUUUAAACGGAAAUGAAGAGAAAUAUUAGAACAAAUAGAGUAAUAUACUAAAAAAAAAGUUUAAGAAUAUUUAUCUAAUGAUAAAGAAAUUACCUACAAAGAGAUUUUAUUAUUUAUUAUUUUGCUAUUAAUUUGUGAUUAAUUAUUGUAAAAACUAUUUGUUUUGCGUCACAUGUGAUUAAAACCUGCUUUAUUGCUAUUAAUGUUAAGCAAAACAUGAAAAACUACAAAAAAAUCGUGUAUACUGAAUAUUAGUUUCUAUGUUUUAGCGAAAAAUGUAAGCAAUGUUGCACUAAAAACAUAACCUACAAAACUAAAUCAUGUCUAUUGUGUUGCAUAACGUUUAGAGGUUAUGUUACCGUAGUAUUCGUGCACCUCGUAGUAAAAAACACAACCGAAAGUCGUAAAAAAAUAAAGAUUGAAACGUAGUUGACAAUAUAACCGGCAAACCGGAAAUAAACGGGCACUUUUGUGCAAUAUUCGAUACCGCAAAAUAUUUUUCAAUGUAUGUGAUAACAAACAAACCAAGAAAAACAAAAUAAUACGUGUAUAUAAACAUCAUAUUAAUGAAUUUAUUUAUAUUAGAUUAAGAAAUGAGUAAAUAAAUAAAUAUUAGACCACCAUUAUUAUUCCGAGCAGAAA